AGUUAACUAUUUAUUGUUGUUCGGCAACCGAUAUACUUGCUCUUGCUUGCCUUGCUCCGCUCCGCCCGCCUCUGUGUUCGACUUUUCCAAUUCGACUGCUCGUAAUCGACAACCGCCAUGGCAAUCGCCGGGCGUCUCACCGCCGACGAACUCAGCUUCUUCAAUUCUGAAGGGUACCUCGUGGUUGAAUCUUUCGCGAGCUCUGAAGAAAUUGAUGAACUGAGGAAGAGAAUGGACCAGUUGCUCGGGGAGUUCGAUUGCUCCUCUGCAUCUGUUUUCUCUACCAAAAAUCAGCAAAAGGUAACGGAUGAUUAUUUCUACGAGAGCGCUGAGAAGAUUUCUUUCUUCUUCGAAGAGAAAGCAUUUGACGACGAAGGGAACUUAAAGCAGGCGAAGGAAUUGUCCAUAAAUAAAGUUGGCCACGCCUUGCAUGAGCUUGACCCUGUAUUCAAAAAGUUCUCUUGCUCUCCGAGAAUUUCAAGUUUGCUACUGUCCUUGGGCUACAAGAGCCCAGCCAUUGUUCAAUCGAUGUAUAUUUUUAAGGUACACAGCUAAUCUGAAAAGUCUUCACUCUUGGUCUGUACAAAGCCUAGGCCUCAACCACUUAAUCAUAGGGAACCAUGACUCUUAUAUCCCUGGAUGGCUGCUCUUUGUUUGUUUUGGAUUCUAAUCUCUAUCCGGUGUGAUUUGGUCAAAUGUCAAUGGAGGUUUCAAGGUGAUUGAUCAAAUAAAUAAAAGGAAUUUAAUUUAUGCUACACCUGAGUUCCUGAGCUCGUUUUCCCUUUGGAUUUUUAAAAGAGCAUAUUAGGGUCCUUUAUGUCUCCAGGACAUGCUUUGAUGUGUUUGGUAAACGGUAAUCUGUACUUCUCUAUUUCCCAGCAACCAGGUAUCGGGGGUGAAGUAGUACCUCACCAGGAUAACUCUUUCCUACACACCGAACCAACCACUUGCACUGGCCUGUGGGUGGCACUAGAAGAUGCAACAGCUGUCAAUGGUUGCCUGUGGGCCAUUCCUAGAUCUCAUAGAAAUGGGCUGGUCAGAAGAUUCCUUAGAGGGGAGCAAGGGGUGUACUUCGAUCAGCCAUCGCCUUCGUAUGAGCAGUCGGAUUUUGUGCCUAUUGAAGUGAAAGCUGGGUCUUUGGUCUUAAUUCAUGGUGAUCUCAUACAUCAAAGUUUCGAGAAUCAGUCUCCAAAGUCAAGGCAUGCAUACAGUGUCCAUGCUGUGGACACUGUUGGCUGCAAAUGGUCACUUGACAAUUGGAUGCGAAGAAAAGUGGAUCCAGAGCCACUCUUUUCAUGUUGAUCACCAUAUCUUAAAGCUUCAUUCAACAUCAUGCUUCUGGUUUGCAACCCUUUCAAAUUUCUCUACGUAAUCAAGCGCGUGUACAGUGAAUCCAAUAAAUGGUGUUUCCCUUGCUUGGUUUUAAAUGUUGAAGAGGAAAACAAUCGAUUGUUCUCGAUGGAAAUACAAACGACACAAACAAUGCACUUUCCUGUAGCUCAUAUAAUAACGGCAAUGAAUAAUGUUACGAGGCAAGAAGGCCCCAUUCUGCUGCCGGCACACAAUGCCUCCAAGGUCUUGGAAUGAGGCUGAUAUCGGUUUCUAUAAUUAUUAUUAGGGUG